AUGAACGGGAAAUUCUUCGGUUGUUUUCUAUUGCAAUUUUUCGUGGCAGGAGUGAUUUCCCACAGGUUUACUAUACCUUCUUAUAUAAAACCAUGUUCGGUGAGUGAUCCAGAUUUUGAGAAAUGUUGUCUAGAACAUGGAAAAGAAGCUCUGCCACAUAUUCUAAAAGGUGACCGGAAAUUUGGUAUACCUAAUAUGGUUCCACUGCUAAUUCCACAAAUCAACGUUAAUGCCGGAGAGGGACUCAGAAUAUUUUUGAAAGAUGUACAAACCUACGGACUGAAUACAACGGAAUUAAUCAAAGUCAAAAUCGAUACCAAAGCCAAAAAACUUUCAAUCAAAAUUAAAAUCCCAGAAUUAAAGCUUCUAGGAAAAUAUGACAUUGACGGAAAAGUUAUGGUGCUGAAAAUUCAAGGAAAUGGAGACUUUAACAUUGUAGCAUAUGAUGGUGAAUAUGAAUACAAUGCAGACUAUAUUCUGCAUAAUGUUGGCGGAGAAGACUACUUUGAUUUGGCAGAUAAAGACACUUUGGACUUCGUUGUAAGAGACUUAAAAGUUCACCUGGAUAAUCUCUUUAACGGGGACAAAGAAUUGGGUGACCAGAUGAACAAAUUUCUUAACGAAAAUUGGGAAACUGUGCUAAAAGAAUUCGGACCUGCCAUUAGCGAAACUGUCCGUUCUAUUGGUCGUUCCAUAGCUUCAGCGAUAUUUGGGAGAAUUGCGUACCACCAGUUGAUAUUACCUUAA